GCUCGGGGGCCGCGGUCCCGCCGGCCGCGCCCGCCAUGUUUCCCGGCAGCCCGCCCUGUCCGCCACCCGCCUGAGCCUCCCGGCGGCCGGCCCGGCCCGGCCCGGCCCGGCGGCCCCCCCCGCCUCCGCCGCCGGGACGCUCAAAAUCAAAAAGAAGAUUUGCCCGUGUGCAGCAGUGAUUACCAUCCAGUUACCUCCACAGAGAUUCAGCCUGCCAGGUCUGCUCCCAGAGGGUCUGGUGCGGAGGAGGGUCCCUUGGCUGCCGGUGCCGAAGGAGAGGUCGGUUUGGGUUGGGAAGGACUCCUGGGCUGGUAAUGGGAAUGCUGGUCUGAGCCCUGAGUGCAGAGCAGAGAUUCAUAUCACCCAGUCGAGGACAAGGAAGAAUAAACAAGAGCUGAUCCACUUCCAUCCCACGGGACUGCUUCUGGGAGGCUUGGCACCUUGGAGGAGGAAGGAUGGCUCAGGAGACAAACCAAACCCAGGUGCCUCUGUUGUGUACCACAGGCUGUGGAUUUUAUGGCAGCCCCCGGACCAACGGGAUGUGCUCCGUUUGCUAUAAGGAGUUUCUACAGAGACAGCAGAGCAGUGACCGGAUCAGCCCCCCAGCAUCCAGUGGUCCCAACAGCAGCCCCAUGGCUUCAGAUUCAAUUGCAGGGCAGUGUGCUGAGGGAGACUCCACGCCUGAGGAUGCGAAAGCCAGUGCUCAGACUCCUGUGACCCAUCAGAUGACGGCCAUGAGCAUAUCCAAAGAAAGCAGCAAUGAGACAGAAGAAUUCAUCAAGACAGAAGCAGCCUCAUCAGCAUCUUCCUCAUCAGGUACCCUGCUUGAAAUAUCCCAGAACACAGCUGAGGGUAAGACAGCUUCGGAAAAACCGAAACAGAAGAAGAAUCGCUGCUUCACUUGCCGGAAGAAGAUAGGGCUAACUGGCUUCGACUGCCGCUGCGGGAACCUCUUCUGUGCCAUUCACCGGUACUCCGACAUGCACGCCUGCCCCUACGACUACAAGGCAGAAGCUGCUGAGAAGAUCCGUAAGGAAAACCCCAUCGUUAUCGCUGAGAAGAUCCAGAAGUUGUGAAGGGGGCUGAACAGCUCGAACUGCAGCCAGGUGACCUGGUGCUCCUCCCCUUCCUCCCAGCCUUCCUCCUCUUCCUCCCAGCCUCCCAGGUGGUGCAGUGGGGACUCCAGCAGCCCACAGGAACCAGCACCCGGACAUGGGGACGCUUUGCACCUCUGUGGCAGACAGUUGGUGUUCCGUCUCUCCCUUCCUGCCUGUCUGACAGUCACAGCUCAACUGAUCUGUUCUCUACCAGCUUCCCAAAGGAAAAGGGACCGUCCUGCCCCGCUGCUCCAGUGCUCAGAUCUUUGGACUUGUCUUCCGGUGGGGCGGUUUGCACGGCGUGGGCAGCCGGGCUCUGCCGGGCAGCCUUUCCCUUCACCCAGCAGCUCUUGAGUCCUGCGAACCGCCUGGGAUUCACAGCUGGAGCCUGUGAGCAGCCGCUGCACUUUGUCCCCUCGGCCCCACUCUUUGUUUGUGGCAGAUGUAAAACCGGGAGUUGGGGAAUCCCAGCAGCAAGGCUGCCUUCUGCUCCCUGAGAGGCGUUUGGUCUCCGAUGCAGAAAAGAUGAUUCUGUAGUUUUAACGCCCCAAAAUACCCCUCCCCUCCCUUUGAGACGCUGUUGUUGAAGCACUGGGAUGGUCAAGCAGCAGAGUACUGGCACAGUAAAGUUAUUUUGUGGCUUGAAGCGACGUAGACACGCUUUAGCCGCAGGUCAGGACCUUUAGGAAAGUACCGCUCGCUGCCUCGUGCCUCUCGCCGCAGGGAGGGAGCCAGCCUGCUGGGUUUGCUGCAUCCGAGGACGUGGCUGGGCUGUGGGACGCCCUUGCGCCAGCCUCCCGUGCUUCAACACCCCCUGAAUAACCGCUGGCCGCUUCCCAAGCAAGGUUUGUUGCAACCCAGUGGUGCCUGCCCCUCUCCUCUUCCCCCCCCUGCUCCCCGCCUUCUGCCUUACACGAUUCUUUCUCAUCAGGGCUGUGCACAAAGCUCAGAUCGCCAAACCUCCGCUUCCUUUCCUGCGUGCAGGCGGAUGGCGGGGACCCUUCCUCCCCCGUGGGCUGAUAUUUCUCCUCUGUGAGCACAAUGGCUCAGGAAGCCCACCUAACUGCCUCGCUCUCCUGCCUCACUGCUUGUCCCCGUGGGUUGAGAGGCAGGACCAGAUCCCCAGGAGAUACUCUGAAAGCCACACAGGGAUCUGGGGCACGGGGAAAGGCACAUGAAGAGUCACAGUGAAGGUCCUGGGGUACCCAGAAGAGCAGAUGGAGACUUGCAGAAAAUCCCACAAAGAGCCCUGGGGAGCAGGGAGAGGCACUGACAGACUCGUGGAGUUCUCAGGGGUGCUGGAAGACUCAGGGAGAGCUCCAGGGUGCAAGGGAAGGCAAAAGGAGAGUUUUGGGGUACAGUGAACACACUCAGAGAACUUGAGCACCCCAAAAGGCACCUGGAAGGCUCUGGGGUGCACACACACGUGCUUGUGGAAGGCUCUGGGGUGCAGGGAAAGCCAAAUGCUGGGCUCAGUAGUGCUCCAGAAAAAAACAUGUGGGAGGCUCUGGGCUGUUAGAAAGAAAAACACCGGGCUUGGGUACACAGCGCAAGGCAGGCAGCAGCUCCUGGGGCGCCCCAGAAGCCACCUGCCCCCCACGUAGGGGCUGCGCCUGCCCCCGGGGGGGUUCCCCUUCCUGGGAACAGCAGGAGCGGGGCUGCAGUCUGACGAGCAGAGGAACCCAGAUGUGUCCCCGGGGAGAAGCAGCAGCCUCUGCCCCGCUUCUGGCCGUCCCACGCUUUGGAAGCGUUUCCCUCGGCAUCGGCUCGUCCAAGGGCAUCGGAAAGCAGAGCUGCAGGGGGGGAAAUCUCAGCAGCUGCUUCCCGCUGGCAGUUUCCACCCCAGCUUAUGGCCACUCUGCCCCCGUGAUUGCAGGGGGAUUGUGCCGAAGGUUUUGGGGUUUUUUUUAUCCGCUUUCAGCCAAAGUGGUGUGUGCCCUGUGGCAACUACUGUUGUGUGGCGUUGCUGGGAGGAUUCAGACCUCCAAAAACGAUGCAAAUCCCCUGCCAGCACGGAGUGGAGGUGAGGCUGGCUCUCGACAGCCUUUUCCUCAGGUUUUUUUGCUUCCAGGCAAUGUCGCUGUCACGGCCAGAGCACGCGAGUGGCGGCACGUUUUAGUGCUGGGACACACCUGGGCCGUAAGCACGGCGCCGGUGGUGUGUGGCGAGGCUGGGGUUUGCCGUGGAGGUUUUGGCUGAGAAUGAGCUGUCGCUUUGGGGGAAAGCCAUGAAAAACUGCAACGCCCUCUCCGAUGCCUUGCGUUUGCACGAAGGUCGCGAGCCCCUGGGGAGGGGACGCAGCUCCCAGGGGCGCAACGGGAAAGCCCGCGCAGCAAAAGGGCAGCCGCCUGCUUCUCCACCACCUCCCUUUCCCCUUUUGUUUCCUUCCUCUUCAUAAGUGUAAAUAUUAAUACAGUCUAGUUUGCUUGGA